CAGAAAACUCAGUAUAGAGAGAGAGAGAGAGAGAGAGAGAGAGAGAGAGAGAGAGGAAAAAUGGUGACAGUAACACCACAGAACUCAUCCUACUCAUUAUGUUCACGGCCAUAUCGUAUUCCGUCGACAAUUUACCGACAACAUUGUUCUGUUGCUUACCCCCUAUUUUCCUCGAGGAAUCUCAAUUCCGGAUUGCAGAAAUUUCCCAGAACCGUCAAUUGCAGGCGCAACGGUAGUGCUGAUUCCGAGAAUGAGAGCAGAGCAAUUUUAGAUGCAUUUUUCUUGGGGAAGGCUGUUGCAGAAGCACUGAACGAGCGUAUAGAAUCAUCAGUCGGCGAGUUUCUGAGCACUAUUGGCAGAUUGCAAGCUGAGCAACAAAAGCAAGUUCAAGAAUUCCAGGAUGAGGUUUUGGAGAAGGCUAGACGAGCCAAAGAGCAAGCCGCGCGCGAAGCUAUGGAAGCAAAGGGACUAAUUCCAAAGGCUAGUACCUUUGCUCCGAUACCACCGGUGAACGAGGUUGCCUCAAAAUCAGCAUCAGCCGUAGAUUCUUCAAUCGACGCUUCAAUCUCAACCAUUGAAUCUUCGCCUACCACUGAACAAGACCCUCCAAAAGAGGACUGAUAAUAAGUUCAGUGGCUGAAUUUCUUUUUUUUUUUUCCUACUCAUAGUCGGAUAGUCUAUUAUUACUCGAAACAUAUUGCCUUCAAAAAUAAAUUACAUUGUCAAUAAUCAAGAAAUAUUGAAUUCCAAA